AUGCCAAGUGGAGCAAGCCCCGCGCUGCACCCUAGAACUCCCUUUGGUAAUCCUCCGGUGAUUCAGACUAUGGUCGAAGCAGAGCUUCUGGCUCAAAUGACUUCCCUUCGGAAGGAAAUGGCCAAACUCCAAGAACAUAACAACCUCCUCUCGUCCAAAGUAGACGAAACCCAGUGGCUGCUUAAUCAGCAGGAAACGCAGAAUAUUCAAUCUACAGAACCUUCCCAGAGUCUGCAGACCCCCGGUCGGCAAAAGAAAGGGAAGAAGGGGGCAAAGGCAACGCCUGCGCCUUCCAAACAGCUGGUAGUCCCGGCUCCACGGGACUGGCCUCACGUACCGAAGAAGGUCUACACCGACUGUCGCCAUUGGAUCAACGACAAGGAUGCCGAACGGCAAAGGUCCUUAGUUAGGAUCAAUGCUCACCUGCGGAACUCACGGAUGAGGGUCAUUGGAAACAAAUCACCCCUUAUAAAGGUCCAAGAGUUGGAGUCGAAGGUAGAAUCUGACGACGAGUAUGCCCCAUCCAAGGGCAUCGAAUCAAACUACCGUUCGGAAACUCCCACGGAGUAUUCGAAGGCAAGACCACCAAGUUCGAGGAGAACUUCCGAAGACUACAUUUCCGAGGAGAUCCCAAGCCGAGACCUCGCUAUCCGUCUGCUCUUCCAGAGAAAUCAGAAGAUGGAAGACGACUGA